AUGAGUUUCACAAACAUGUUGAACAAGCUGCAAGGCCAGCCCGAGAGCUACGAUAAAAAAGCAAAAUACAAGUUUGGCAAAACGCUUGGAGCUGGCACAUAUGGUAUUGUGCGGGAGGCGGACUGCACCGAAGGAAAGGUCGCUAUCAAGAUCAUCCUGAAGAAGAACAUUAAGGGCAACGAGCAAAUGGUCUACGAUGAGCUGGCUAUGCUGCAGCGCAUGCACCACCCCCACAUUGUUCGCUUCCAUGACUGGUUUGAGUCAAGGGAUAAAUACUACAUUGUGACCCAGCUGGCGACCGGCGGAGAGCUUUUUGAUCGUAUUUGUGAGCAAGGAAAGUUCACUGAAAAGGACGCUUCCCAGACUAUCCGCCAGGUGUUGGAGGCUGUGGAUUACCUGCACGUGAACAACGUCGUGCACAGAGAUCUGAAGCCCGAAAAUCUCUUGUACCUUGAGCCUGAACCCAGCUCUUCACUCGUGCUUGCCGACUUUGGCAUUGCCAAGAUGCUUGACUCCAAGGACGAAGUGCUGACGACCAUGGCUGGAUCGUUUGGUUAUGCCGCUCCCGAGAUUAUGCUCAAGCAGGGCCAUGGAAAGGCGGUGGAUAUGUGGUCGCUCGGUGUCAUUACCUACACUCUGCUGUGCGGUUAUUCGCCCUUUCGCAGCGACACCUUGGCUGGUUUGAUCGACGAGUGCCAGAAUGGACGUGUAAUCUUCCAUGAGCGUUACUGGAAAGACGUUAGUCAGGAUGCCAAGGACUUUAUUGGAACGCUGCUGCAACCAAACCCGGAUGAUCGAGCCACUAGCGAGGUAAUGCAUAUGAUGUACACAGAAAGAUGCAAGGCAUGGGCUGACACUUUUCUUCAGGAAGCACUGAAGCACGUCUGGCUUACUGGCCAGACGGCCACUGACCACAACUUGCUGCCUGAAAUCCGCUCGUACAUGGCCAAGGCCCGCCUUCGACGUGGCAUCGAGCUCGUCAAGCUCGCCAAUCGCAUUGAAGCACUCAAGAUGCAAGAAGACGAAGAGGAGGAUGUCACCGGAGCGGCCGACAUGCCGGCUAAUGUCAAGGAAGCAGCGGGCGAGGCUUUGUCCUCUGCCUCGCCAAAUAAAGGUUUGGCAACGAGCCCUGAGCCGCUUGGCCAAAAGAAGAGCUUGCACAAGGCUGUUCGAGGCGCCAUCUUCAAAGAAGUCGUGCUUGCCAAGGUCCGCGAGGUUAAGGAAGAAGAAGAACGUAAGAGAAUUGAGCGGGAAGCGACAGAGAGGGCCCAGUCCCCGAGAUCGUAAACACCCAAUUAUACUCUGCGGACAAGGUACAUAUGCGACUUUUAAAUUUUCUUUUUUUAGACUUGGUCUUUGCUCUUUUACCAUUUUGAGCCUGUAACUCGCGGCUGCGAGGUCGGGUUAUUAUUAUGAUACCAAAUUACAGCUUUCCCCUUUGUUGAUUAUUAAGUUGCUAAUACUACCUGUUCAUUUAUUAUGUUGAUUAAAAUGCUGCAUUGUAUUCAACGUACUGUUCUAUUUU